AUGACUAGUGUUUUAGACAGAUUAGAAUAGGAAGCAAAUGCCUUAAAGUCUUCUCAAGCUCCUUAAGUUUAUGAAAAUGCCCUUUAUAAAAUUAUUGAAGAAGAUGUAAAGGAAACAGAUGAUAACUUUAGAAUUAAGGAAAAUGCUUUUUAUAACUUAGUAGAACAUUUCAAGUCCUUGAACCAACCCGUGAAGAUUAAAGAUUUGAUUUAUAACAGAAUCAAUGACAUUAAUGCAUUCCCUAAGGCAAAAGCAGCAAAAGUUAUUAGAACUAUUAUUGAAGUUGUAGCUACUAUUGAAAAAACUGAAGAUAUAUAAAUUGAAUUAUGCAAUUUCUUAGUAGAAUGGUGCCAAAAGCAAGGAAUCACUUACUUACGUCACAGAAUCGAAAUUAAGUUAUCAGUCUUAUAUCUCUAAAGAGGUGACUAUACCAAAGCAUUGACAAUUAUAGAGGCUAUCUUAAAAGAAACUCGUAAAGCUGAUGAUAAGCAUAUGCUUGUUGAAGGUCAAUUAAUCGAGUCUAAAAUUCAUUAUGCACUUGAAAAUUAUGCCAAAGCCAAGGCUUCUUUGACUGCUUCAAGAGCUUGCUCAAAUUCAAUUUAUUGUGCUCCUGCUUUAUAAGCUGAUAUAGAUAUGAUGACAGGUAUCUUACAAUGUGAAGAUAAAGAUUAUAAGACAGCAUAUUCCUAUUUCUAUGAAGGAUUCGAAGCUCUCAAUUCCUUAGAUGACCCUAGAUCUAUUAAGGCCUUGAAAUAUAUGCUUCUUUGUAAAAUUAUGACAUCCAACUAUGAUGAUAUUGCUUAGAUUUUAAAUGGAAAGUAUGGAUUAAAGUAUGCAGGAAAAGACUUGGAUGCCAUGAAAUUAGUUGCUAAGGCCUACAGAGAAAAAUCUCUAUCAUAAUUCUAAGCCCUCUUACAAACAUAUGCAGAAUAAAUCACAGGUGAUCCUAUCAUCAAAAACUAAUUAAAUUAACUUUAUGAUCAACUACUUGAAUAGAAUUUAUUCAGACUUAUUGAACCUUACACCAGAGUUUAAAUUACUCACAUAGCUCAAAGAAUUGGUCUUGAUGAAAAUUUGAUUUAAAAGAAAUUAUCAGAGUUGAUUCUUGAUAAGAAAAUUGAUGGUACUUUAGACUAAGGUACUGGAUGUUUGAUUCUCUUUGACGAUAUUAAAUGCGAUGAUUUAUACAAGAAUGCUGUCGAGCACAAUCAACAAAUGGAAAAGGUUGUUGAAAAGCUAUUUGAAAAGGCUAAACUCUUAAAAAAUUGA